AAAAAGAUGCCGUCUGAGUAAUUCAAGAUGGCGGAUGCCGGGAGUCAAGGAGAUAUUCGAAAACUCAGGAAAAAAUUACGACAAAUAGAGAAUUUAGAGAGAUUGGAAAGAGAUUUAACCCAAGAGGAACGCGAAAAGGUUUCCAAGAAAUCAAAUAUACGAGAAAUUUUGAAACAGAAACUUCAAGAAAUCCAAGUAGAUGAUGUCAUGACAAUGGCUAAAGAUAAUGAGAAAAAUCUUAAGAUAAACAGAGAAAGUAUUCAAAAUGCGGGAAACAUUACCACGGUGUUAAAUGACCAGCCACAACAACGGGUACCUGCUUCGCAUAACGAGGCUUUUGAUGGAAAUUUGCAAGAUGGGGAGAAAAAGCUGCCUACGAAGAAAAAUGGCAACCAUUCAGAAAGUUCUUCCACUGAGACACGCGAUGUUUCUCUCAAGAAGACAGAAGCAAUGCCCGCAACUGCAAGCACUACAUCCCAGAAAAGUGUGACUUCAAAGCCACAGACUACAUUCGGUCAUUUCGAGGAUAUGAAAGGCAAUAAAAACUCCCGCGACAAGGCAGCACAAUUCACUGAUUGGGAAGAUAAGAAAUUUACCAUAAAAUGCCUUGAGGGGCAUAACGAUUUCAUCUCCUCUGUUGCAAUGGAUGGUUCGGUUCUGUUAACUGGCAGUCGCGACACGAUGCUAAAGGUCUGGGACACAGACGCCGGAGAAGAAGUUCGUAGCAUUGGAGGUCAUACUGGUGGAAUAACUUCAGUAGUUUUGGUAAAAAAAGAUGACCAGGGUGAUGGAGAAUAUAUUGGUGUGACUGGCUCUCAUGAUUGCUCUAUCAGGAUUUGGUCGCUAGCUGAUGGCACGUCUCUCCGAUCAAUUUACGCCUAUUCACCGGUACUGUCAUUGGACAGAAGGAAAGGCACCCUGGUUUCCGGAUCUGAAGGAGGAAAGAUAGAGUUAUGGGAUAUUGAAGUAGGUGGAAACCUUUCUUCGACACGAAACACUGAUGACGAUGCUGUUAGUUGUGUAAAGUUUCAGGGAGAGAGAGUUGUAAGUGGAUCAAGUACUGGGACAGUUAAAGUUUGGGACGUCAGACAGAAAUCCCUAUCUCCAUCAUUAUCUUCUCAUGAUCAGAGUACAGGUUUCGUUAAAAGGCGGCGUAUUCGUUGCCUAGCAACAACAGAUGACGUCGUUUACUGGGGUGACGAUGGCGCCAAUGUCAAAGCAUUGGAUAUUAGAGCAGGUAAAGUUCGAAAGCUGAGGAAUCAUCUCACUGAAUUUGGUACAACCAGUGCCUUAACAGUCCAAGAUUCGUUACUCGUAAGCUCUGGUUACGAUCUUGAUAAGGGAACUGGUUAUUUAAACGUCCGCACAUUACCAGACGAAGAAUAUUUGGCGACUUUAGACGACGAAAUCACGAGUUACAUCUCGUGUUUAUGUUGCGCUGAAGUUCAAAAGGACGGUACACUGUGCCAAAGAUUGUGCACUGGCGGAAACGAAUUGAAAAUAUGGGACCAGAUGGCCAAAAGUAAAGUUAGAAAGAGAACAAGGUCGGAUGGCGAUUCAUCCUUCAUAACGUCCAAGCACAUAAAACGAUACAGCAGCACAGAGCAGAUCGACACAGAAUCAAGCGACGAGUCUGACGACGAAAACCGAGAUGAAUCGUCGGAUGACGAAGACGAAAACGAAAGUGCGGGAUCAACAGCUAGACAGUCUUGGUGUACAAUUUCCUAGAAAUCGGUUGUGAUAUCCUACAUAAAUUCAAUGUUAUUUUGCUAUGGACAUAAAAUUGCCGUCUGCUUGAGAACUGAUAGAGAGAAUGAAAAAUAUACCCAUUAUAUAUAUAAUAAUUAUACAAAUGGUUAUUCUAAUUAUCAUCC